ACCAGGGGCGGACUGACCAUUUGGGAACUCGGGCACUGCCCAAGGGCCCAGGGUCAGUAGUGGGCCCCAUGAGAUGCCCCUGGUACCUUUCAUAGGCUUUUUGGUAUGGAUUAGGUGCAGUAUGGAUUGGGCGCAGUAUGGAUUAGGCGCAUUAUGGAUUGGGCGCAGUAUGGAUUGGGCGCAGUAUGGAUUGGGCGCAGUAUGGAUUGGGUGCAGUAUGGAUUGGGUGCAGUAUGGAUUGGGCGCAGUAUGGAUUGGGUGCAGUAUGGAUUGGGUACACUUGGUGUCCUGUUGUGAGUGGCUCAGUCCCUGCUAGCACUAUCAGCAAAUGGACGAAUAGGCUUUUUUGGGUGUGGUUUGAGUGUAGGCGAGGACACAGGGGCCCCAUGAUCUCCUAUUGCCCGGGGGCCCCGU